AUGCAUGACUUGCCCGCUCGGUUGCCGGGUGCCCAGCGCAAUCUUUUGUUGAAGCAUCUUCCGGAACCGAGGAUGUUGUGCACGAUGAGGAGCGUGAAACUGUUGCCCGGAACUGCGUUUUUUACGGGGAGGAGAUCGUUCGCAGCGGGCGUCAGUAAGGAAGCUGAGCCGUUGAAGAAGCUCGUUUAUAUCAGCCAAUCGAACGAUGUGUUCACGAAUCUUGCCCUGGAAGACUGGUUGUACAAGCAAGGCGAUUUCAAGAAUUCCCGGGCACUGCUUUUGUGGAGGAAUUCGCCGUGUGUGGUUGUUGGUCGGCAUCAGAACCCGUGGGUUGAGGCGAACGCUGACUUUUGCGCCGAGAAACGAAUUCCGAUUGCGAGACGCAAUUCCGGCGGUGGUACUGUGUAUCACGACUUGGGCAACUUGAAUUGCACCUUCUUCACUUCCAGGGACGAGUAUGACCGUAAAGCAAACUUGGAAAUGAUUCGAACCGCUGUCUGGGACACGUACGGCCUUGAUCUGGUCGUCAACAAGCGGGAUGAUAUCGAGUGGCGUGGCCAGAAAGUUUCAGGAACUGCUGCCAAGUUGGGACGAGAUGUCGCUUAUCACCACUGCACGGUUCUUGUCCAUUCCGAUCGAUCCAUGCUCCAGAAGGCUCUUCGAACCGGCGGAGUGAAGGGUGGUUACGAAUCUAAAGCUACCAUUAGCGUGCCAGCAAAAACUGCAUGUCUGCGGGAAGCCGAGCCGUCUGCGAGAGUUUCCGAUGUGAUGAACGCCAUUGGGAGAGUGUUCCUCCAAAAUCCUAUCGAGGACAAGCACGGCAACACGGUUCCAUCGGAAGCGGGAGGAUAUCAGCUCUUGAAUCCUUCCGAUUACUGGUUCCCUGGCUUAGGCAGCACUCGGCGAGAUCUUGCAAGCUGGGACUGGGUAUACGGUAAAACGCCGAACUUUUCGUUCUCUCGCACGUACUCGCUUCCGAAAGCUCAUAAUGCUGGUAAUAAUCCUCAAGAACACGGAAUCGCAAGUGUGACUGUCACGUUGCAUGUAACGAAUGGAAUGGUGACAGAGACCGAAAUCAAGGAAAAUGACUCGUUCAGCCAGACAGGCGGAUCUGACCUGAUGCACAUUUCCGCUCUCAAAGGCCAACGCUUCACGGAGCAUCUCCUUGACGCGGCUGUACAACGCACAGUGAGCGCGGCCAUGAACGCGUAUCCACGGGGCUCUUCGGGAAAUCACAGAGCAUUUUCCCCUGGACCGCGUUUGACUCAGCGUUCAUUGAUCAUGGAAAGCGAAAGGAAUCACGAUCCCAUGGACCGCGAAUAUGUCAAUAGCAUCCUGACGUGCGCUUGAAUACGUUCGUAUAUUUGGGCUUCUCUCACGCUGGCUACGAAUACUCCAGAAUGUGCGUGAAUCGCAUCCGGUGCCUCAACGGGAUUUUUCAGCUGAGAUAAACCGAAUCGCAUUAUUUUUGUCAUGAUUUAUUAUUGUUCGCGAUGCAACCCGGAACUUAUCUGUUCCCCACCUUCAAACGUGACGAAUUUUCAACUUGAAUUUGGCAGCGAAUUGUACACAAGUGACCGCGACUGUGACUGUGAGUUGUGUUUUCUUUCUUUUCGGGAGACCUAUGUGCGAUGUUUUUGUUUCUUUUCAGAACUAAAAAUAGUGGUGCGAUACGAAAAUA